AUGGACGCCUUCCUUGAACCGGUGAUAGUAUUCAGCAUUCUAACUGCUGGAGUCAUAUUUAACCGCCGCCGCUCAACAAUUGUUCGUGAUCAGAGAGAUGGAUCAUGGUCACCAAGUUCCACUUCCUCGUCAGAGGGACUACUAUCCGGACCAGUAGUCGAGGCGCAAUGGAGAGAGCGCAAAUUUCUGGGAAAGAAAGUUCGCAGCAGGAACACCAUACGCUGGAAAAACAGCUUUGUUUCGAGAAUAUUAAGAAAGUUUCCAUUUCUGGUUGAGGUUUGGUACUGGCUACUAGUUUACUGGACCUAUCAACUCGCCCGCGCCUUCAGCGCCGUUACUCUACAGACCGACACUGUCGUAGCUGCCCGUGAGCAUGCGUUAUCACUCAUUCGCCUCGAGCAGCGCCUCAACAUCUUCUUGGAGCCGGCCAUUCAGGCGUACUUCCUUCCCAGGCCAACAAUGUUGAAGACUAUCAACAUGAUCUACUCAUUUAUCCAUAUUCCGGGGACAAUUACGUUCCUGGCAUGGCUGUACCACUAUGCGCCCACUUCACUGUUUGAGGCAAGAAGGAGAACAUUGGCGGUGUGUAACUUGAUGGCAUUUGUGGUCUUUACGGCAUGGCCAUGUAUGCCACCUAGGUUGCUCCCAGAAGAGGAUGGGUUCUCGUUUGUGGAUACUGUACACGCGGGGAAGGUGGCGAGUGUGUGGACUACGAAUAAAUUCUGCAAUCAACUUGCUGCGAUGCCUUCGCUUCAUUUUGGAUAUUCGUUCGUAAUUGGGCUUACAAUUGCGACAAUGCCACCAACUUCUUCGCUCCAUGUCAACAAGUUGAGAAGACGGAUCAUGCUAGUUGUCGCAGGAAUGGCAUACCCAACAAUCAUCCUCGUGGCUAUUUUGGCAACGGCGAAUCACUACAUCCUCGAUGCCGUGGCUGGAUUCUUCGUGGCGCUGAUCGGAUGGCAUAUCAAUGGCAUUCUCUUGAAUCUCUUGGUAAUCGAGGAUUGGGCAUUUUAUUUCUUGAGGGUUCAUAAGCCUGCAAGAGAGGCAGAUCUCGAUGGAGCCCAGAUUGUCAUCGAUAAAGGAGAUGAUGAAGAGGAUUGGUGGAGGAAGGCUUAA